AUGAGUCAGAAGCUCCGAAACAGCGCCCUCUCCUGCCCACUGAACUCGCCUCCAGAUAAUGCAGCUGUCUUGAGGGGACAGCCUGCCAUUCAUACCCGCAACUGGGAACGAAAUCUGACCACAGAUUGUGGUGCGGGGCUGGGGGCGGGGGAGGAAGGAAUGGGGGGCAGGGCCAGAAUCAGGGAUACUGCGGUCGCAGGGGCGGAGCCAGGGCCUUUUGCCCGCUUGGCGGCCGGCUCUGCCUUCCCUAUUCUCGCCUCCCACGCGGCCGUGGCUCCCAAAGGCAGUUCUAAACAGCAGUCCGAGGAGGACCCGCUCCGGCAGGAUUUCAGCCGCAACGUCUCGGCCACGUCCCCCGCGCUCUUCUUCGGGAACGCGUUCAUCGUGUCUGCCAUCCCCAUCUGGUUAUACUGGAGAAUACGGCUUAUGGAUCUUCUUCAGUCUGCUGUUUCGUAUAGUGUGAUGACCCUAGUAAGCACAUAUUUGGUAGCCUUUGCAUACAGGAAUGUGAAAUUUGUUCUCAAGCGCAAAGUAGCACAGAAGAGGGAGGAUGCUUUUUCCAGAGAAGUGGCGAAACUUUCUGAAGCUGAUAAUAGAAAGAUGUCUCGGAAGGAGAAAGAUGAAAGAAUCUUGUGGAAGAAGAAUGAAGUUGCUGAUUAUGAAGCUACAACAUUUUCCAUCUUCUGUAACAGCACUCUGUUCCUGGUCUUGGUCACUGCUGCUUCCUUCUUCAUAUUGAAGAAUUUCAACCCCACAGUGAACUACAUUUUGUCCCUAAGUGCUUCAUCAGGACUCAUCGCCCUCCUGUCUACUGGCUCCAAGUAG